AGCGUUCUUUGCAAUUUCCCUCGAUCCUCCGUCAGAAGGCCCUCUUUGCGCAUUUCGCGGGCAUUCAUUCACGAUGCGCGGCGCUGUUCUCUUCCCGGUUCUAGGGCUUGCUGCUGCCCCAUAUGUGGAGGCCCUCCACCUCCACAGGCGUGAUGUUCCUGCCAUCGUUCAGAUCCCCUUUGAGCGCAAACAGGUCACUCAACCCCUACGGAAACGAGACUCAACGGUGGACGUGACGAUCAAUAACCAGGCCGACGUCUACUAUAGUAUCAACCUCACUAUCGGAACGCCGCCACAAAAGGUGGUUCUCACCCUGGACACCGGCAGCAGUGAUACUUGGGUGAACUCUGCAAACUCGAGCCAAUGUUCCGCAAAGAACAGUCCCUGCAAACCUUACGGGGUUUAUGACUCUAGCGCCUCCUCAUCCUACAAGGAACUCAGCACUUUUAUGAAUGACACCUAUGGUGAUGGAAGCAACGCGUAUGGUCACUACGCGACCGAUAAUGUCACAGUCGGCGGAACGACCAUCAAGUCGAUGCAAUUUGCGGUCGCCGAGGAAUCCAGCGUUGUCCGUGGAAUCGCUGGUGUUGGAUAUCCCAUUUCGACGUACCAAGCCCAGGCCGAUGGCAGGUCGUACGCCACUCUGCCCCAAGCGCUGGUCGACAGUGGCGCCAUCAACUCCCUCGCCUAUAGUCUGUGGUUGGACAGCGAGGACUCCAGCACGGGUUCGAUUCUGUUUGGAGGCGUCAACCAGGCUAAGUACCUGGGCGACCUGCAAACCCUGCCGAUCGUGCCCCGCGAUGGCCAGUAUGUGUCGUUGGCUAUUGCUCUGACCGAAGUGUCCGUGGAGAAGUCGGGAGCCAGCUCCAAGAAGUACACCACGAGCCUUCCCCUGUCUUGCAGCCUGGACACUGGAACGACCAUGACGGCGCUUCCGGAGGAUCUGGUCAACGAGAUCUACAAACAGCUCGAUGCGAGCUACGAUAGCGACACCGAAACCGCGUCGAUUUCCUGCGACGCGGCGAAAAAAGACUACAACGUGACUUACAGUUUCUCCGGCGCGACCGUCACCGUGCCGAUCAGUGAGCUGGUGCUGCCUUACGCCGCGUCGGCCGAUGACGAAAGCGACUGUGUCUUCGGCAUUGUCCCCAGCCAGACGGGGUUGAACCUUUUGGGCGACACCUUCCUCCGCAGCGCCUAUGUGGUUUAUGAUAUGGCGAACAAUGAGAUCUCGCUGGCGAACACGAACUUUUCGCCGGGUCCAGACGAUAUUCUGGAGAUUGGCACGGGCACCACCGCCGUGCCAGGAGCGACGCUGGUCCCGUCUGCGGUGUCCUCUGCGACUGGCAACGGUGUGGAGCCCACUGGCUCGGCUGCCGGCUCUAUUCCCACAGCCCUGGUCUCGGGAACGACCCUCACCAAGGGGAGUGGAAGCCAGGCUACCGCAACAGGGACUGCAGCGUCUGCUCAAAGCACUUCGUCCGAGGGUGGUGCAGCCACUCUCCCUACGAGCAGCUCGGGGCGUCUUCUCUCGGGUCUUGCGGGUGUGGGGCUGCUUCUGGCUCUGUAGACUUCUGUCCAUACAUUCAGAGUCUAAAUUUGCCUAAUGUUGCAUUAUUGCGUUGCUCUUCCUAUCCUAUCAUGUCAGGACUCGUCCAGGGGUCCCCUGGCAGUCACACCCACUAAGGUACUAUAUUUAAUCCACCCCGUAAUAUCACUGAUACGAAC